AUGGGUGUAUGCUGUUCUAAAUAAAGAGAAAGAGAAGAUGGGAUUAGAUAGUAGAUUGCUUAAACUAUAGUUGAGUAAGAAAAGAUAAAAGAAGAAGAGGAAUAAGAACAAAUUUAAAUUCAGUGUUAUUCAUCAGGUAGAAAAUCAUAAACUUAUCAAUUCAAUCCAGUUGACAUUUGCAACUUAGUUACUCAAGUUGGAAAUGAUGAUGCUCCAAUUGAAAUAGAACAAAUAAAAUAAGAGAAAAUCAAAAAGAAAAAGACAGAGCCUCAAAAGGAUGACGCAAACUAUUUAAGAAAACUGGAGCAUAUUAUGUCUUUAAAAUCAAUUGUUGUCUAAUUAUAAUAAGAAGGAGAUAUGAAAUAUUACAAGAUCUCAAUACUUAUAAACUAUAAGGAUCUUUUUUAUAAUGUGAAUUUGAAUGGCACUUUAACAACAGAUUUAGACUUUAAAUAUUUCACUUUAAAGCCUAAAAAUUUUGAAGAGGCAUAUAAAUAUUCAAGGUUUCUCACUUUUUUUUCAAAUGAUAACUAUUUUAAUGCAGAUAAGGAAUGUACAAAUAAUUUUAAUGCAUUCGAUAAAUUAUUAUAUGUAGAAAGAAGUUUAUAAGAAAUAUAAACAAAUAUGAAAAAAUAUUAAAGGAGGUAGACAACAAAUUUUCAUGAAAAGAAACCUGAAACUUGUUUAGUUAAUUCAAUUAAUUAUGAAAUGCUUGAAAUCAUAACAAUUGUGGAUGUAGAAUAGUAGUCAAGAUUUUUAACAAUUUUAUUCCAUUUGUUAAUCUAAAAAUAUUUUAAAAAACUAGAACUCUAUUUAGUAUUUAUAACAAAUGCUACUUUUUUAUUUGAAAUUCUUCCUUAAUUUGAUUAACCAAAUGUAUAUAGAUUGGCUUUGUUUUAUGAUAAAUUGGAUUAUUCAUUAAAAGACCUAUAAACUUUAUGUAUUAAAAACAAAAUGGAAUUAUCUAAAAUUUUAUAUCAAAAAUUUGCUUUAAAUCUUAUAGAGAUCUUUUAUCAAUGUUAUUCAAAUUAUUUAUAUAGACUUAAUUUUACAUUGUCAACAAUCUUUUAUGUUUCAAAAUUAAAGACUUUUAAGUUAUAAACAUUUGGAAGAUUAAAAUAUUUACUAUAAUUUGGAUGUAAUGUAGAUGAUUGUUUAAAAUAGUUGGAUGAAAAGAAAAUGAAAUUAUUUUAAAAAGCAUUUAAAAAAGAUCUAAUAGCUUUAUGUGAUCUAUUAGUCUAUUUUAAAAAAAUAAAUAAAAUAAGUUUAAAAUAAAUUCAAAGUUAAAGAAAAAAGUACUUUUAAAGUAUUAAAAAAGGUGAAGAUCUAGAUGAAGAUAAUAAUUAUUUAAUUUAUGUUGAUUAAAUAUAUUAAUCUAAAUCUGAUAGAUAUAUUUUAGAAUUUAUUCGUAUGGCAUUAUAUGCUAAUUAGGUUAAAUCAGUAGAUAAAACCUUAGAAGAUACUCUUCCAAUUAUUGAACAACUUUAAAAAAUUAUUAGUGAUUAUGAAUCCAAUUUAGAUAUAGAAAAUUAAGUCAUAUAAAAUAAUAAUGAUAUUUAAAUUUAAGAAAAUCCUUUAGAAACAUCUAAAAAAGAUAUUGAUUUAGAAGAUUCUUUAUAUUUAGAAGAUGAUUAAAAUUAUUUAAAAUCUUUUUAAUUUGAUUUUAAUUCUGAAAAUGAAGAAUUAUCAAUUAAUAAAGAUUAAUUAACUGAAAAUUAAUUAAUUUAUAAAGAAUUACUCUAUUAAUCAUUACUAUUUUAGGAUUAAUUUUAAUUUUAUUAUUAAAAAUUUAAAGAUUGUGAUAAAUUAAAAUAAGAAGAGGCAUAUGUUGAAAUCUUAAAUUCAUUUUAUUUAUUGAAAUCUAUGAAUGAUGAUUCUUGGGAAUAUAGAUUGAAUAUGAUAUCAAAUUUAAUGAAUAAACCUGUUCAAAUUAUGAAUUCAAUAUAUGAAACUAUUAUUGAUCAUUUUCAUCUUACAAUAAUGUUUCAAAUAUUAACUUUAUCAUAAAGAAAACCAUUACCUUUAUUAAAUUAAUUUUAAAAAAGUAUCAAUAAAUAAUUAGAAAUAAAAGUUUAAAUGGAUAGAAAAUUAAGAAGUCAUAAUUCUUCAAAGGGAAUUAUAGAAUAAAAAAAAUAUAUAAUGGUAGAACUAAUGUAUGCAUAAUCAUAUUUAAAUAAUAAUAAUUAUUAUUAAGCAGUACAAAAAAUACAAAAAGUAAUUGGAUUUUAAUUAAAAAAUUAACAUUAAGCUUCAUUAUUUUAUGCAUAUUCAUUAUUAAUAAGUGGAGAAAUACAAAAAGAGAGUUUACAACCAGUUUCAGCAAUGCUUAAUUUAGAGAUGAGUUAAGUUAUUUAUGAUGGUUAUUUCCCAGAAUUUAUUACAUAAGAAGAUUUACAAGAAUAAUCAGAUAAUAACAUAAAAGAUAAAACAACUUAAAAAUUCUAAUAUAUAAAUGUUUAAAAUUUGGCAACAAGCAAUAAAGCAAAAUUAGAAUUUCUAUUGGGUAUUAGUUACUUUGAAGUACAUGAUUAAGAUAAUUCACUAAAAUGCUUAAAAGUUGCUGAAAUGUUGUUAUUAAGGUCAUUUGAUAUUUUUUCAGAUGAAGUUGUAAUUGUUGUGUUAAAAUAGUUACAUUUAUAUGUCUUAUAGGAUGAUAUAGGAUCAGCCUUUAAAAUUAUUAUUUCAUAUGCAAAAUAAAUGAAUAAAUAUUAUGAAGAAGGGAAAACAUUUAAACGAAAAAAUAUCUCUAAAUUAUAAUUUAUUAUGGCAUAUAUUUUUGAAUUUAAUGGAUAAUAUUUAAGUGCUCUUAGAUAUUUAGAAAGAUCUAAUCGUACAUAUACUAAUUCUAAAUCUAAUAAUUUUAUAAUAUAAAUGCAUUUCUAGGCUAAGAAAUUAAAUCUAAUUUAAAAAAUAAAAUAAGCAUUUAUAAGAAUAAAAAAUAAAUAAGAUCUUAAAGAUCCAAAUGAUUUAUCUUUGUUUUAAACUUUAAAUGAACAUAUGUCUUCUACAUUUCUUACAUAAUUUUAUAAGUAAAGAUUUGUAUAGAAAUCUUGUUUACUAUUGGAGAAAUAUGGAUAAUGUAUAAUUAAAGUAUAAUAAUUAUAAAGACUUAAAUGUAAUGAAGAAGCACUAAAAUAUUUGAAGAAAACUAUUAAGAUUUUAAAUAAAAAUAAAAAAGAUGAAUUAUAUGCAAUUUUAUCUGGUUAUGUAACUUAUUUACGUCUUUAAAAUUCUAAAAAACAUCAAUAAAUUAAAUUAUUAAUAAAUUAAAUAGAAAUUAAUUAAAGAUAUUUUAUUUUCCCAAUUAAAGAAUAUCACUUAUUAAAAUGUUUUAUUUAUCUAAUGAUUCUUUAUACAAAAAUGAAUUAAGCAAAAAAAAUUUAAGAAAUUGAUGCUUAAAUUUAAUUAGUAAUUGAUGAAUUUUUUGAAAAUCUUUAAUGGAAAACUGUUUCAAAUAACUAUUUUAAAAAUGCUCCUAAUAAAUUUGAAUUAUUGAUCAAAAAAGGUAAAAUAUCUUUGCUUUAUUAAAUCUCUGCUAUUAUUGAAUUAAUAGAAUACUAUAAUAUUUUAAAGAAAUAAAUAUUUAAUAUUAUGUUUAAUGGAAACUAAUUGAGAGAACUCUAUCAAACAAUUAGAGUAGAUUUCGAAAAGUUUAUUAAUGAAAUCAAUGUUUAAUUAAUAAUUUAAAAAUAAAAUUGUUUAAUUGGAUAUUGUUCUUAGAUUAAAAUAAAAAAUAAUAUACCUGAAGAUGAGCACAAAGAUUUAAAUAAAAUUUAAGAAAAUCUAUAAAUUUAAUCAUGCCAUGAAUAAGAGACUGAUACUAAUUAAAAAAAGGAUGAUUAAAAAAAAAUUAUUUUGGACAUUAGAAGUUAUUAAGAAAUAAUGUUAUCCAAAAAACAGCCUCGAAUAUCAAAAUUCAAAUAAGGAAACAAAAUAGAAGUGUAAAAAUCAAAUCACAGUUAAGAUAAUGCAUCUACAAAACAAGAAAAAUAAAAAUCUGCAAAUAAUUCAUAUUAUUUAAAAUAAAAUGACCUCAAAAAAUCAAAUAAAUUAAAUCCUUUUGAAGGUACCUUGAAAAGAACUCAAAGAUCAUUUUAAUGA